CUCUCUUUCUCAACCCUGUCCAGGCGCACACUACGGCACCCGCCUCCUCCGUCUCUCGUGCUCUUUCAAGCGUUCUAUCAGCGGUGUUCAAAUAUCCGCAUUAUCGACCCGUUCAAACUGCUCGCACUCCAUUCUUUCGCGAUCCACAAGCGUCCUUGGGCGACCGCGUGAUCCGCACUUGAGCGAGCCGCCACGCGACAUCUUCCACUUCGCCAGUCACAAUGGCAACAAAGGCAGCGCAGAAGCGUUUGACCCGCGAAUACAAGACAAUCUCCGAGAAUCCGCCACCGUACAUCACUGCGCAUCCGUCCGAGUCCAACAUCCUCGAGUGGCAUUAUAUCAUUACCGGCCCGGAGGACACCCCUUACCACGGCGGACAGUACUGGGGCACACUCAUAUUCCCUCCCAACUAUCCGUUUGCACCACCCGCUAUUCGUAUGCACACCCCAUCGGGUCGUUUCCAGCCUUCGACGCGACUAUGUCUUUCUAUCUCGGAUUUCCACCCCAAGUCUUUCAACCCUGCUUGGGAGGUCUCGACCAUCCUCAUUGGCCUCCUAUCCUUCAUGACGAGCGAUGAGAUGACGACGGGUUCUGUGUCCACAAGCACCGCCGAGCGAAGAUAUCUUGCGUCCAAAUCGAGGUGGUGGAACUCCACUGGCGGUGGCUCUCAUGUCAAGAAUCCCGCACAGAAGGGUAACGUAAAGGCGGGUGACGGAGGUGCCAAGUUUCGGGCUGAGUGGCCAGAAAUGGACGCCGAAAAUUGGGAGUGGAUCAAGAAGAGCAAGUUGGAUCCUGCCACGGGCACCCGCUUAGAUGGAGACAAUGGCGCGUCAUGCGGCCCUCAGCUGGGCAUUGCUGGUUCAAGCGGAAACCAAGCCCAAGCCGUCGUGGAUGCUGUCGUACAACAACGGGAUGCAGGCCGCGGUUGGGUAUACCGAAACAAAUUGCUAGUUGCAGGAGGCCUCGUGUUUAUUUACGUCCUGAUCUCACGGCUCGUCCAUGGAGAGGGUCUUGCAUAAGGAACGAGAAGGAAUGGGGCAGGUGCGAUCAGGAAUUACAAGCGUUGCAUUUGUUAGAUAAGUUGGGCGUCAGUAUUUCUUUGUCGGGGUGCUGCAUUGGUCUGGUUUGAUACACCGGCAGGCUCGCGUCUUUACUGUCUGCUAGGCAUCUCAGCAUUAUACAUCUUGACUUGGCUAAAUAUUACGGGAGCACCUGACGCGUUCGCUGAUGUCGCAUCAUGAACAGGGCCGGGACGAGUUGUCAUAGCCUCCG